GUCGAACGUUUGACGUCACGCAAGCGCAGUCCUACGCUUUACUCCGAUAAAACCGUGUCCGUAUAACCCAUCCCCAGAUUCUAUAUCGGCUUCGCGAAGAUAGUUAUUUGGAGUGUGGGGAUUCGUACAGAACCGGGUUUAUUGCCGAUCAUGGCGACGACCUCUUUGUUGACUCAACGACCCGCUGACUGUUGUUGGCCUCAGCAACGUCCCGGAUCGAACAUCAGUGACUUUUUCCGCUCGUGGCACCCGAACGAUUCCAUGGCUAAUCCCUUCAAUCAAGUGGAGUGCUCUAGUCAGGACCAGCGGAAAGAGCCCAGCGCCGGUAAGUGA